UCCACACACACAUUACCAAAAGACGCACUACAGAACCAUUCCAUUAGAACACAACCUGAAAAUUUGCAGACAAUUCAAAGUUAAAAGAAAGGCAUUAAACAAAAGAUGUCAUUAGCUUCGCCGAUUCAAUGCAUCAGAAUUAUAAAUCCAUCUUCUUCUUCUUCAUCUUCUUUGACGACUUCGUCGUCUUUGAGAUUCUCAACGAGUAAGCCAUGUGUAUUCAUCAUCAGAUGUUCUCAGGCCGAAGGUCCCCUGAGAAGGCCCUCUGCUCCUCCUACUCUCCGGGAGCCUUCACCUCCCCAAAAACCUGUGCUUCCUAUGCCGUCUUCUUCUCCUCCACCACCGCAGAAAGCUGUGGCUGUUGACGGUAAGAGCGUAGUAACUACGGUGGAGUUUCAGAGGCAGAAAGCUAAAGAGCUUCAGGAUUACUUUAAGCAGAAGAAGCUUGAAGCUGCUGGUCAAGGUCCCUUUUUUGGUUUCCAACCCAAAAACGAGAUCUCCAAUGGAAGGUGGGCUAUGUUUGGUUUUGCGGUGGGGAUGCUGACAGAGUAUGCAACAGGAUCAGACCUUGUCGACCAAGUUAAAAUCCUUCUCUCCAAUUUCGGCAUUCUAGACUUGGAAUAAUAAUAAUAAAAAGAGUGUUGUUGGUGUUAUAUAGAUAUAUGAUCCUUUCUCUCAUUCCUUAUGUUCAAUCUUCUUCUCCUUGUUUAUUCUUCCUCCUGUAUAUGCAUCCCCUAAAGAUCUUUUAAUACAGGGCCCUUUUGUUGUUCAACCA